AUGGAGCAAUUCAACACUGAGAUGGACAAGCUCAGGAAGGACUACAAUUAUCAUCUUGUGGUGGCUCUGACAGCUGAGAUGGCUGACAUCAAGGUGAAGCUCAGGUGCUCUCAGGAACAGUUUGUGGACAUGCUGCAGAAGUACUACACUCAGCAGUUGGUUCAGCUUGAGGAUCCUGAUGCUGUGCCUGAUUGGGUGAUGCUCAGUUUCAGGAAUGAACUCAGUCAGAUCUUCAAAGACUUCAAGGGUUACCCAAAGAUCACUCAGGGGCAAUGGAUUAGGAUUCUCAAGACAGCUCUUCAGGAUGCUCAGGAUAUGGAAAAGGAGUUGAAUGCACAGCCUGACCAUGAGGUGAUGGAGGUGGCUAAGGUGCCUGACAAGGUUUUGUGGACUCAGAAGGGUGGCAAAGGGCGCUACCAGCUUCAGCCCAAUGAUCCACCUCAGGAACCCUCAUGCUUAGCACUCUUCAACAACAUGGACUCAGAAAACAUUGUGGAGACUGCCAAUGAUGCUCAGGGCUAUGUCAAGUCUGAGCUCCAAAAGCUGAACAUCAAUGAGAUUGACAAGCUCCUGGACAGCUCAGAAUCAGAUCAGAAGCCCAGUGACUUGGACAAUGUACCUGACCUGAUUGAGGACAUGAAGUCCAAGAUUCUUCUACUUGAGCAGGCACUUGAAUCUCAGGAGCUCACAAUGCUUAGGCUCAGGCAACAUGCUAAGAACAUGGAAGAGGAGCAAGGUGAGCUCAGGGCUUUGCAUGCUGAGCUUCAACUCUCAGUGAAAAGAUCUCAGUCCUACUGGGAGCAGAAGCUGUCUCAGGAUCUUCUGAAUAAGGCAGCUCUGAGAAAGUUCAUGGAAACUCAUCAAAUGAGUGAACUAGAUCUCAGGCAGCUGAUGCAAAAGUCUCCUCAGAUUGAUCACAAGCCUCAGGACUCAGUGAAGGAAGUUGUGGAUGUAUAA